GUAUCUUCCGUGGCCAUGGACAAACCAGUGUGCUUGAUUGACACAUCGUCCGAUGGGAAGCUGUUUGUCCAGCAGUCAGCGUUGCAGGUUCUGGAGCAGAUCCAGCAGCCAGUGGUGGUGGUGGCCGUGGUGGGUCUCUACCGCACCGGGAAGUCCUACCUGAUGAAUCAACUGGCAGGAAAACAAACAGGGUUUGCACUGGGCAGCACAAUCGAGUCCAAGACGAAGGGCAUCUGGAUGUGGUGUGUGCCUCACCCGACUAAAGCAGGAACCACUCUGGUGCUGUUGGACACUGAGGGACUUGGGGACGUGGACAAGGGCGACUCAAUACAUGACACCAGGAUCUUCUCUUUGGCUGUCCUUCUGAGCAGCACUCUAGUCCUGAACAGUCGAGGAACCAUUGACAACAGAGCUAUCGAGGAUCUGCAAUAUGUCACUGAGCUGACAGAGCACAUCAAGAUCAAAUCACCUGAUGAAGUUGUAGAUGAUGCAGAGUUUGUGAAGUUCUUCCCCAGUUUUAUCUGGGCUGUGAGAGACUUCACUCUGCAGCUGAACAUCGAUGGUAAAGACACAACAGAGGAUGAAUACCUAGAGUUUGCUCUGAAGCUAAAACAAGGUAACUCGACGAAAGUGAACAAUUACAACCUUCCGAGAGAGUGCAUUCGAAAAUAUUUCCGAUCUCGAAAAUGUUUCACCUUCCCAUUCCCAACCAAUCCAGACAAUGUGUCUUAUCUGGAGACACUGGACCCAGCAGAGAUUUCAAAACGAUUCUUGGAGGUCUCGGAUCGUUUCUGCCAGUUUAUCUUUAACCAGAGCGAAGUGAAAAAUCUGAAAGAUGGAUACACAGUCACUGGCAGAGUUCUGGGCCAUCUUGCAAAAACAUAUGUGGACACCAUCUCCAGUGGGGCUGUGCCAUGUCUGGAGAAUGCUGUGAUCGCUAUGGCAGUGAUUGAGAAUGAGGCUGCGGUGAAGGAGGGCAUUGACAUGUACCAGAGUGAAAUGGAGAAGCUUAAGAAGUCCUUCCCCCUGGAACUGAAUGAAAUCACCUCGAAACACCAAUGCUUCAGUCGUAUGGCAACACAAACCUUCAUGAAACGCUCCUUCAGGGACAGUGAUGGGAAGUACUUGACAUCUUUAGAGGAAGCCAUCAAUCAUCAGUUUGACAGCUAUCUCGGGAACAAUGAGAAGGCUUCUGAGGCAAAAUGUGAAAGUCUUUUAACAGUUCUUUCUAAACCAAUGACAGAGAAGAUCAAUCAAGGAUUUUAUGCCAGAGCUGGUGGUUACGAUCUCUUUUGCCAGGACCUGAACAACAUUGUGAAUCAGUACAAUGCACAGGCCACUAAAGAAGUCAAGAUUACUGAGGUGUUGGAGAAAUUUCUACAGCAAAAGGUUCCAGUUACCACAUCCAUUCUGAAGGCUGAUAAUAAACUAACCGAAAAUGAUAGAAGGAUUUGUGAAGAGAGAGAGAAGGCAGUCCUUCUGGAACAGAAGAAUAAGGCCCAGGAUGAGCGGCAGCGUCAGCUGGAGAUGAAGAUGGUGACUGAACAAAAGAAUAAUGAGGAGAGGGUGAGACAGAUCACACAGAAAAUGAACACAGAGAUGUUGCUCCAAAGACAGGAGAUGAAUCGCGCCAUGGACAGUAAGCUGUGGGAAAAGACUGCCAUGAUGGAGAGAGGCUUUCAGGAGAAAGCUAACCAAAUGAACUGGGAGAUACAGGAGUUGAGGAGGAAGAAUAAUGAGGCAGAGGAGAGAAAGUCCAGAGAGUCCGCACAGUUGAUAGCAAAUAUAGAACGAAGAAAUGCACAGAACAUGGAAGCGCUGAGGCAGCAGCACAGAGAGCAGAUAGCAGCAAUUAAUAGUAGACCAAGACAUCAAUCUUCAUCCUGUUCUAUACAGUGAAAUGUGUUAAAAGUUGUAAUCCACUGCUUUUACAAAAUUCUGAAUUCUAACUACUAUAAUUUCACUGAAUACACUGUAAUACACUGACUAUAAUGUCACAACACAGCAAAAUGGCACAAAGCUUUUUUUUAUUUGCAGUGAAUAUUGAUAUACUGCAAAAAAUGUCAUC